UGCACUACACACUCGGUCUCGCGUUGGAAAUAUUUCUCUCGCCAGCAGCCGGCUGCUGUUUUUCACCUGGUCUAGUCAAGGACGUUGCUUAUAAUUUUAUAAACAUGCUUUCCGGCUAUAGCACAGUAGUAAGAGUAACUGUUCCAGUUUUGGUUGGAGUUGGUGUUGUAGCUGUGACAGCAAUAUUAGCCAAAAUAUUUUUACCUGGACUUUUUGGUUCCAAAAAAAAGGGCCCACCUAUUACUUUAAAGGAUCCCACACUAAAAUAUCCUUUGAAAUUAGUUGACAAAGAGAACAUUAGCCAUGACACACGUAAAUUCAGAUUUGCUCUUCCUACACCAGACCACAUACUUGGUCUCCCAGUUGGCCAACACAUUUACCUGACUGCUCGUAUUGAUGGGCAGCUUGUUAUCCGUCCUUACACACCUGUAUCCAGUGAUGAUGAUAAAGGGUUCAUGGAUCUUGUUGUAAAGGUGUACUUCAAGAAUGUACAUCCUAAAUUCCCAGAAGGUGGGAAAAUGUCUCAGUAUCUUGAGAACAUGGACAUUGGUGACUACAUAGAUGUUAGGGGACCCAAUGGUCUCCUGCAGUAUGUAGGUAGAGGUAACUUCAAGAUUAGACCAGACAAGAAAGCUGAACCACAAACAAAAACAGCCAAGAAAGUUGGAAUGAUUGCUGGAGGAACUGGUAUCACUCCAAUGCUGCAGCUUGUUAGACAGGUGUUUAAGGAUCCUGAAGACAAAACUGACCUGUGGCUCAUCUUUGCUAAUCAGACAGAGAAAGAUAUUUUGUUACGUCCUGAGCUGGAUGAGAUCCAAAACGAGCAUCCCAAUCGUUUCCACCUGUGGUAUACCUUGGACAGACCUGAAGCAGGCUGGAAGUACAGCUCUGGCUUUGUGAAUGAUGAGAUGAUCAGCCAACACCUGCCUCCCCCCGGACCAGACACUGUGGUCCUAAUGUGUGGACCUCCCCCAAUGAUUAACUUUGCUUGCAUUCCAAGCCUGGACAAGUUAGGAUACAACCCAGAGUCCAGAUUUAGCUACUAAAUUAUUCAAACCAACCAUUUGGGGCCCUAGUCUGCUGAAAGUUGCACGUUAUUGCUCUGUUUUAAUUCAGAAUUUUUGUUUUGUUUCUUGUGGAAACUACGUCUAAUGAUAAAGAAAAAAAAUUCUGUGUAAAAAAACUAUUUUAAAAAUUUGUCUAUGCAUAAUUAAGACAAUACUCUUGAUUGCAAAGAGGAGACGUGUCUUGUUGCAGUUGUAGUAUUCAACAUAAUGCUUCCUUACCAGUAAAAUGUUUGUCAAAGGAUAUCUUUCUAUUUUAUUUUAGCUUUAAAUUAAUGGAAUAUUAUUUAAAUUUUGCAUGUUGUGCUGUAUGUAUAAAAAAUUGUUUUUGUAUCCAUUGCAAAUGGCAGUGUAUUACCAGUAGGAUUAUUAUUAAUGUUGUAUCAGUUUUAGGUUAAGAACUAUCAAACAUUUCAAUGGAUUAGGUUUUAUGUUUAUAAAUGAAACUGGAUUCAGCUCAGGUUUGAUUUGUUUUGUUUUUUUUCUGAUGUUUUUGUCUUUGUAUAAAUCAUUAUUGAUUUAUAUAUUAUAAAAAAAUAGUUAUUAAAUUCUUAUGUUUUUAUAUUUUUGUAUUGACAUUAUUUUAACAUAAAAAACUAAACAAUUCAGUUUUUUAUGUGUUAGGAACUGGUUGUGGUUAAAUAAAACUUGUCUUUUCUAAAAACAUAACUUUUAAUUACUCUUUCUUACAGAUUUUAAUGGUUUUCUGUUUAAAUAAUUAUUAACUUAUAACUUGCUUAGAUUUCUCAAGAUUUUUAAAAGUGAAUUGUCAUCUAAAAGCUUUUACUUAUCACAUUAAGUAUAAAAAGUUUGCAAAGAGCUUAUAUUGGUGAAAGUGUAUAGACAGUUUUUCUUAAGGCCACAUGUAAAACAAAAUGCUUCAAAAUAAACAAAAAUCCACUUG